AUGGCUGAAGGUUCACGUGUAUUAACUUUUGAUGACUAUAUCGAAGCAUUACAUGUAAAUCUUAAUAAAUCCGAUAAAAUACCCGAUGUUGAUGAACAAUGCGCAUUGCUUAUUGCUGGUUUGGCUGGAGCUUAUUCUGAACAACCGUCAUCCAUGCAAACAGCUAUGUGUUUAUCAGCAUUAUUCUGUGGACAACAAAAUAUUUUAACAUUUCUUCGACGUGCAAGUUCAAAAACUGAAUUAAAAACAUCUAAAACUCAAAUUCUUCAAUUUUUAAAAUUUUUUGUUGAAACUGCCGCAAACAGAAUUCUUCCGCAUGCUGUAGAACUUAAAUCAGCUCUAUUGACAGUUUUUAAUGUUGAUAAUGCAUCAGAUAUUCGUGCAGCUGUCUUUCCUAUUCUAUCACAAUUAAUGGAAUUAAGUGCUGGAUUUCCAGAUAUGGAAAGUGAAAUUGAUAAAAUGGCUACGACAUUCCUUAAUUUAAUUGGAUUACAAAGUUCGACAACAACAGCUACAAUUAAAGGACUUUCUUUAGCAUUUUUGGGUUUAUUAUGUAAAUAUUUUCCUGCACAUAUGCGUAAAUAUGCAGAUCCACUUCUCCUUGGACAAUACUUAAAAUAUUUACAUGAACAAUUAGUAAAAGAUAAUGUUAAAUUUGAAAUGUUAAUUGCUGCUGGUGCUAUGGAAGGUCUUAUUUAUUAUCUUGUUAAUUUUACUCCAUCAUCAACUACUGUUCAACAGACACCACUAAUACGAACUAAAAGUAAAGAAACUGAUAAACAUAUACAAGAACAACAAAUUAUAAGUGAAUCAGAUUUAAAACGUGUAUAUAUAUAUGCAUCACGUGCUAUACAAACACAAGAGCAAACUAAUUUAAAUCGAUAUGCACUUGUUAAAGCUGGGUUAGAAUUAUUUGCUCAACAUUCAACUUUAUUUACUGAAUAUCUUUAUGAUGAUUAUAAACAGAUACUUGAUUGUAUUCGUGCAUGGAAUGCACAUGAUAAUUAUGAUGUGAAAAAAAUAGCACAACGUGCUUAUGAUACAUUUUUGCUUGGAGUUGCUAAUGCUUUAAAAGAACCAAAUAUUAAAACCCCAGAACAACGACAUCGUGCUGUUGGAAUAUUUCAAUAUUUUAUUCAACACUUUCGAAAUAAAGUUGAUUCACCAGAAUUAGAAAUUCGAGAUUUAGCAAUGGGUAUACGUGGUUAUGGUAUUUUUGCAAACGCUUGUAAACUUUAUGGUACGGAAGAAGAUGUUAAAUUUAUGUUUGUUGGUUUAAUUCAACGUUGUGAACAAAUAGCGAUGCCAACAAUAACAUUGUCACAAGCAGCAGAUGUAUUUGAUGAACGUUUUUAUGCAUUACCUAAUCUUCUCGAUGCACUUUCUGCUAUUAUUAUUGAAAUGACAAAUAUUGGUGAAGAAUUUCUUGGACCACUUGAACGUUUAACUAUAAUGACUAUUGAUUAUUAUCCACGUUAUCAACCAAAACCACAAGCAACAACAUGUUCAUCUGUUAUAAAAAUGAUUUUAGCAUUACAAACUAAACCAACAUCUUAUAAACCAUUUCUAACACGAAUUGUAAGCCAAGCAAUUAUUCGUUGUUGUUCACAUCCAUUAAAAUCCACUGUUGAACAACAAUUGGAAGAUGUUGAACCAGAUAUACCAGAUGAAAAAGCUAAAUCUCUUCUUGCAAUUGGGAAAACAAUAACAUAUGAGAAUUAUAUUCCACUAUGGAAAACAAUUUUAAAUGUAACUUCAUUGAAAGAAUUUGAUACACCGACAUAUCCAAUAUUUGAUCGACAAAAUAUGCUUGUUUCAUUAUAUGAUGAAAUGAUUGAUUCAAUUUUACAUAUUAUUGAUCGGCUUGAUCUGAGUGUUGAUAAAGAAAAAACUCAAAAUGAAAAUGAUGAUGGUACAACUACAACUGAUCCAAUAUUUGGAAUGAAACCUGUUAAACCAAAAGAUUUUGAAAUCUUUUAUAAUCUUGUCGAUUUUUGCCAAGAUUUAUUACCUGAGCAAUCACCUGAUUUAUUUCAAAAAUGGAUAUUUCGAUUUCUAUAUGAAAUUAUUGCUGCAUCAACAAAAUAUCCAUUAGUCAGUGGUAUUUAUCGAUUUGUUACAUUAGUUAUGAAUAUAUGUUUAAAAUUAAUUUAUUUCAAAUCUGAUCGAAUCGUACCAACAACUCGUGGUGGUAUUGAAAUGAUGGAAACAGAUAUAAAUGAAAAUGAACAAGUAUCAUCUGUUUGUACAUUAGUUCGACGAUUUGCACAUGAAGUACUUUCUCGACAAAAACAAUAUCGUGAUGAUUUACUUAUUUCAUGUUUACAAUUGAUUAUGUCAUUACCAUCAGAAUGUAUUGAUUAUGAUUUUGCUGAUUAUGUACCAGCUAUUCAACUUGCGUUGAGUAUUGGUUUAACUUAUUUACCAUUAGCUGAACAAACAAUAAAUAGUCUUGAACGAUGGUCACAAUCGACAUCAUUAAAUUUACCUAAUUUCUAUGAUCAAAUAUUACCAUAUCUAGAUGAUUUUCUUCGUUUAUCUCAUGACCAAGGUGAAGAUGUUAAUGUUCGAGCUAUUGUAUCGGCAUUACAAGAAAAAACACGUCUUAAUUCAAAAAGUAAACAUGUUCUACCUACAAGAAUGAUGAAAAAAACGAAACAGAUCAAACACCUUUUUGAAGAUAGUGAUAUUCGACGAGUACAAUUUCGUAUUUUUAAAUAUCUUGGUUCAUUGGGCAAUCGUAUUAAUCAUUAUCUUAUUGAUGAUACUUCAAAUUAUUUAAUUAAAGAAGCUGUAGCAUGGGAUAAUGAAAAUCAUUUAACAUUCAAUGUUCCUUUCGAUGAUAUAAAACCAAUAAUACAUCUCGAUAUUUUUCUUCCUCGUAUAGUCGAUUUAGCAUUACAUAGUUCUGAUCGUCAAACAAAAAUUACAGCUUGUGAAUUACUUCAAUCAAUAAUGCUUUAUAUGAUUGGCAAAAGUGCAAAUAAUCGAAGCAAUGCAGCAGCUUCAUAUGAAAAACUUUAUGCUCAUCUAUUUCCAGCUGUACUCGAACUUUCAUGUGAUUCAGAUACGUUUACAAAAACACUUUUUACAACAUUUAUGCUUCAAAUGAUACAUUGGUUUACUAAAAAUCAAAAUUAUGAAAAUCCAGAAACAAUGUCAAUGCUUGAUACAUUUAUGGAUGGUAUGAUAUCGGGACGUAAUGCAUCAAUAAGAGAUUUCAGUGGAGUUUGUUUAAAUGAAUUUCUUAAAUGGGCUGUUAAACAUGCUGGUGGUUUCGAUAAAUUAGCUUAUUUAAAAAAUUCUACAUCAAUACUUAAACGUAUUAUUAGCUUUUCAAUGCAUCCAAAUAGUUUUAAAAGACUUGGAUCAACAUUAGCAUGGAAUUCAAUUUAUACACUUUAUCGAGAAUCAGAUACUUUAGUUGAUGUUUAUACACUUCAAUUACUUUAUGUAUUUGUUGAAAGUUUAUCAAUUGCUCAAGGAGAUGAUCCAUCUCUUGGUACACAACAGCAAGCAAUUGGUGCUUUAUCUCAUGUAGAAAGAAUAAUUAAAGAAAAACACAAAUUAUUUUAUAAAGAAACACCUAAACGACAUCGUCCACCAUCAUGGACUAAUGCUACACUUGAUGUUGCUGUAGGAUGGUUACUUAGACAAUGUGGAAGAAUUGAAACAGAAUCAAGACGAAAAUGUAUUGAACUUGUUUCUACAUUUAUUCCAUUAUUAGAAGAUAUUCGAUCGAUUCGGGAAUAUUUUGAACUAAAAGUAAAAUCUGAUGGAAAUAUUUAUUUUAUUGAAAGAUUUGAAGGAACAUUCGAUAAAGAGAAAAAAACAAAAUUUAAGGCUAAUUUAGCAAAUCAAACAUGUUUAAUUGAUAUGAGUGAACAAUUUUCGAUAUCUAUUGUUUAUCAAUGGCUUGAUACUGUCAUUGCUUCACUUGAUUGUUAUACUUGGGUAUUUUCUCAAGGAUUUCUUAAUCCACUUCUAUUUCAAGAUAAUAAUCAACAAAGUCGUUUAAUUGUUGCAAUAUCAUAUUUUAUACAAAAAGUUUCUAUGAAUACAUUAUAUGAUAUAAUAACUUAUUUUCCACCUUCAAAUCAACCACAAGUAUUUACUCCAACUGAUGUUAAUCAAUUUGAAACAGCAAAAUGUACAGUUAUUGUUCGUUUACUUAAUUUUAUUACAGCACUUUGGACAAAAUAUCCACAAGAUACAAUGCGAGCAAUUGAUAGUUCAUUUUAUAAUAAUGAUUUAGUUAAAUUAAUUUUAACUUGUGUAUUUAAUCCAACACAACUGGGAUUUGAUAUAAAUAAUGAAGAAAUUAAUAAAAAAUUACCUGAUAGAAUAGCAAAUCUACUUAAAUCAAUAACAAGUCAUUUACCUGAUCAAUUAUUACAACCAUUCUACGAUGUUUCAUUAGAGAUGACAAAGACAGAUGGACUUUACAAUUUAACUAAUGAAUUAAAUCAAAAUUCUGUUCGUUGGUCUUUAAUAUUUACUAUAUCUCGUGGACAUCGUCUUCUACAUGAUGUUCGUUUAUUAGCUAAACCUAAACAAUCCGAAGAAUAUGCAAAAGAACUUUGGACAACAAUGUUAACAAAAAUGAUUAAUCAUGACGAUGAUUUCGAUAAAGCAAAUCUUGUAUUAACUGUUGAUGUACAACGUGGUUUACAAUCUCUAUUUGAUUAUAUCAUCUAUUUAGGCAUUAAACCAAAUGAAGUUUUACCUUAUUUUUUUCAAUCAAAUCGUAUACAUACAGAUUCUGGUAUGACAACAGUUGGUACUUAUUUAUUAACAUUAUUUAAACAUCAAAUAACUAGUUGGCUUGGUAUAACACCUCAUUUCAUAAUUGAUAAUGUUGGUGAAAUCAAUACUGUUGAACAAUGUCGUCCUGUAGUUGUUUUUCUAUCAACUGUUCUUGAUUUAUGUAGUCGAGAAAAAGAUAUUCGUCAACAAUAUGGUCGACAAUUUGUUGAUGGAAUCUAUACAUGUUGGCCACAAUUUUCUUCUCUUUAUCAAUCAACAAAUCUCGAUGAUAAACUAUUAAUUGUUACAUUACUAACAAAAACAUUUAUUAUUGAUAGUCAUAUAUUAACAACACAUGAACAAUUUGAUCAUAUAUCUCAAAUGUAUUUAUCUUUAUUAAUUGAUAAACAAUUAAAUUUAACAUUUAAAACACGUUUACUUGAUUUAUUAACAUUUUUUGCUUCAAUUGAUACUGAUGAAACUAUGUGUGAAACAAAACGUCAAAAAUGGUCGAAUGAUCUUUGUCGAACAUUACAUAUAUUUACAGCUGAUUGUUUUCCAUUGAAAAGUACGGAAUUUCCUGUUGGUACACAAGAAUAUCAUGAUUAUCAAGCAGCUAUAAGAAAAAUUCUUUCUGCACUUGAAUUAUCUUCGUCAUUUAUUUUAUUUGAAUUAUUAAUAUGGAUGUUAUGUUGUGAACAACAUCAUAUAUUUGAAGAAGAAAUUCUUCUUUCAAUAAGUCGUUAUGUUGUUAAAUUAAAUAAUCAAAUAAAACAAACAAAUUUACUUGAUUAUAUUUAUUCAAUAAUAUUUGGAAAGAAUACACUUUUUCGUACUGAACAUCGUUUAAAUGCAUUAGAAAAAUUAAUUUUAAAAAUUUUAACAUCGGUGAAAAAAAUUACAUUAAUUGAAUUUUAUAAAAAAUAUAUAUGUACAUUAGUUAUUGAUGAACUUGAUAUUAAACUUGAUUUAACAUCUCAAACAUUAACAUCAAUAUUAAUUAAUAAAGUUUGUACGUAUCGUUUAAUCGAUCAUAUGUAUACAAUAUUAAAUAAAGAUGAUGUUUUCGGUGGUAAUUCUUCAAUAGCAAGAGUUUUUUAUGAUUAUGUUAAAAAACAAGAAGAAGCACGAAAAAUUUUGAAUGUUGAAAUACCAAUGACAGCAGUUAAAAUUACUGAUAAAUUUGAUGGAAAAGAAUUAACAAAACAUGUUAUUGCAAAGGCAAGAGGACAAUUUGUGGAUGGAAGACCAUCGAAAUCAAUGGAUGUUAUGUUAGCAGGAAUAAAUACAAUGGAAAAACAAAUUAAAAUACAUUUAAUACGAGCAUUAGCAACAAGUUCAUUUAAUUGUUUAAUUUCAUUACUUAUUUGUACACAAACAGAAGCAAAACUUUAUAAAGCUUUUAUUUUUGAUUCAAAUCCAACAAAGGAUGAAUAUGUUUUUGAAAAUUUAAUCGAUUCCGAACAUAAAUAUACAUUUCCACUGGAACUUGAACGUUAUUAUAAAAAAGAUAAACGUACAUUAUUAAAUAUUUUAUGUAAAAAAAUUCUUACUUCAUCAAAAUUGGAUAAUUCAUCUCAACAACGUAUAUCUAGUACACCACGUUAUUUAUCAUCACAAUAUUUAUUUGGUAGUAGUUUAACUGAUGAAUUAGCUGUUUUCGAUUUUACAUCAGCUGCUGUUAAUCAACAACAAAAUGAUUUGAAUAAAAGUCUUUCAACUUCUUCAUCAGAACAAUCGUCAGCAAAUAUAUCAUUAGAAAAAAAAGAUUAUGAUGGACCAGCAUUAAUCGAAGAAUCCGUUGGAAUAUUAACAAUUGAAUAUUUUAUACGUUUAAAUCAACGAAAUGAAUCUAAUCAAUUAUUUCAUGAACCUUUAAAGAAAAAACUUAAACCAGAUCCUGAUAUAAGUAAACAAUUAUAUAAAAAAAUUGAUCAAUGGCUUGAAUUAGCUAAAUGUUAUCGUUCAUUAGCUAAUUAUGAUGAUGUACGUGGUAUUUUCUCGCAAACACCUGGUUUAAAACCAAUAACAUUACGUGCUAUUGAAGAAGAAAGUCAUACAGAUUUUCUUUUAGCAUUAAAUAGUUAUGUAACAGCAUUAGAACAAUAUCCUCUAACAGAUGAUUCAUUAAAUGAUCCAAUAUUAGAAUUAGAACAUGAGUUUUGGACACAAUCAAUGUUAAAUUGUUGUAAUCAAUUAAAUAAUUGGACAAUUAUGUCUAAACAUAUAUUUAUUGAUGAUACAACAUUUGAUACAUUAUGGUCCAAUGCACAUCAAUUAAAUUAUUUAAUGCCUUAUGCAAUACGUGCAAAACUUAAAUUACUUAUAUCAGGUACAGAACAAGAACAAUUAGAACAAGAUGAUCUUUGUCAAUUUUUUAAUAAUUUAUCUACAACAUCAGAUAAUACAACAGCAACAAAUAAUUCCGAAACAACAUUUGUUAAACGAUCAUAUAUUGAAAAACAAUAUCCAUUUGAAUUAGCAACUUUUUUUCUUUAUCAAAAAGAUUUUGAUCGUACAAAAUAUUAUAUUCAAUAUGCUAAAGAACAAUUUUUACUUCGUUGGUCAACAUUAAGUCGUUUAAGUGAAUAUGGCCGAAAAACAACAAUUCAAUUAAUUCAACCAUAUUAUGAACUUGAUCAAUUUCUUGUUUUUAUCGAACAUAAUUUACCAUUAUUAAAAUCUUUAGAAAAUCGUUAUUUAACAAAUAAUAAAAAUGAUACAACAACACGAGAUUUAUUUCUUGAACGUGUACAUAAUGAUUUAUUAUCACAAUGGCAAUUACCAGAUGUUGUUCGUAGUUCAAUUCAAACAUGGGAUGAUAUUGUUACAAAUCGUUCAUUAUUUUUAGAUAUUCUUGAUGAAUUGAUUGGUGGACCACGAAUGACAUUUACAAGUCGUUUAAAAGCUACUGAAUUUGAUCCAUUAUUAAUUGAUUAUAAAGUACAAUCAUUACUUGAUAUGUCCUAUUGUGCAUUACGUCAACGUAAUUUUAAAUUAGCUUUAACUAAAUUAAAUGAAACACGUCAUCGUCUGGAUUUAUGUCAAAAUCCAUUGAUGAAAUCAAUUUAUUGGAAUGAAAUCUAUUGUGAUGUACAUUUAAAACGUCACCAAAUGCAAUCAUCUACAGCAACAUUAUCAAGUUUAUUAUCAACAAGUGUUGCGAAAGAAUUAAAAAAAAUGGAAACAAAAAUAAAUUCAUUACAAAUUAUUGAUCAACAAACUGCACAAUUAAAUUCGAAUUAUAUUCAAUUAAAUUCACAAUUUUCUCGAAUAGUUAUUGAUUUUCUUCUUGCUCAACCAAAAGCUUAUUAUGAGUAUGAACAAGAUGAAAAAAUUCCUCAAGCUAAACAUAAACAAUUAGAAAUGUAUUUAUAUGGAUUAGAUAAUAAUACAAAACAAAUUCAACAAGCUGAUCAAUUAAUUUAUGAAUUAUUUCAUAAAUGUACUUCAAUAUUGAAAGAAAAUAUUGAAAAACAAGAAAAUGAUUUACAAAAUCCUUCAAUAAAUAUUUGUUUAGCAAAAGAAAAUAUUCUUAGUCGAGAUUAUAAUGAAUUAGCAAGUGUUUGUGAUGAUUAUUUACGUCGAUAUGAAAAUAAUGAAGUUGAGAAUAAUCUUAUGGACAAUUUAUUUCAAGGAAACAAUGGAAAUAAUAUUGCAGAAUUAAUUGUUAAAUCUGUUUUAUUAUCAAUGAAAUAUGGAUCAAAUGAAGGUGUUAAACGUUUUUCACGUUUAUUACAAAUUGUUGAUUUGUAUCCAAAUACAAUGGAUUUAAUAGCUGAAAAAAUACAAGAAAUUCCAUGUUGGAUGUUUUUUGAUUGUUUAUAUCAAAUAACAGCAUAUUUCGAUAAACCAAUUGCCUUAAAAUUAUAUCCAUUAAUUGAACAAAUUGUAAAACUUUAUCCUCAAUCAAUUGUUUAUCCAUUUAAAUUAAGUUAUGAAACUUUACAAUAUUCUAUAACUGAUCCAAUAUUAAAACAAAAUCUUGAAUCAAUUCAUCAGAAACUAGAUCAUUAUACUCCUCUUGUUAAUGAAUUUAUUGAAGCAUUAAAUCAAUUAAAUCCUCAACAACAAUUUGAUGCAUGGUCAAAAGAACUUUUUCAUUUCUUAGGUAAUGAUCCACAAAUAAGAGAUAUAGAACAACUUAAAUCUCAUUUAAUUAAAUUUAAACAAACACUUUUUUCUGAUCCUAUUAAUCCUGAUGAAACAACUGAUGAUCGAAUGCAGGCUAAUGAAAUAGAUCAAUCAAAAACUAAAAUAACAUCAAUACGAGUAUUAUUUAAAAAUGCUGUUGAAAAAGAAUUUGAUGAUUUAUUUGGAAAGAAUGGAGAAUUAUUUUCAAGUAUAUCAUUAGGUGAUACACGUUUAACAUUAGGAAAUAUAUCAUUAAAAUUAAAAACUAUUAUACAAGAUAAAACAAAUAUAAAUGAUUAUUCAACAUGGUUUUCAUCAACAUUUCAACAACAAAAUCGUACAUUAGAUAAAACAUCACUACGUGAAUUAGAAAUUCCAGGUCAAUAUACAAGUAAAAAGAAACCAUUACUUGAACAUCAUAUUAAAAUUGUUGGAUUUGAUGAAAAACUUUUGGUACUUCAUUCAUUACGAUUACCAAAACGUAUAACAAUACGUGGACAUGAUGAAAAUGAUUAUCGAUUUUUAGUUAAAGGUGGUGAAGAUAUACGACAAGAUCAACGUAUUGAAGCUUUAUUUUCUAUUAUGAAUGAUCUUUAUGAUAAUGAUCCAAAUUGUAAUCAAUCAAAUUCAGCUCAUAUUGCUAUACGAACUUAUAAAGUAAUUCCAAUGUCAUCAAAAUUGGGUGUAAUUGAAUGGCUUGAUAAUACACGUCCAUUAAAAGAUCUUAUUGAAGAAUCAUAUACUGAUGGUGAACUUGAUAUAAUUAUGAAUCAAGGUCAACAUCCACGAAAACUUUAUCAAGAUUAUGUAACGAAUGUUUAUCAAAAAAAACACCCAACAGCUAAAACAGCAAAUAAUACAUUAAUGUAUGCUGAAUUAUUUGGUUUAACCAAAGCUCAAGUUCAAGAAGAAUUUAAUCAAAUCCAAUCAGUUAUACCUGCUGAUUUACUUCGACGUGCUUAUUAUAAAAUAGCCAAUUCACAUGAAGGUUUUUAUACAUUACGUCGUCAAUUUAUGACAAGUUAUGCUGUUCUCUGUACAAGUCAAUAUAUUCUUGGUAUUGGUGAUCGUCAUCAAUCGAAUUUUCUUAUUGAUACAUCGUCUGGUCAAAUCAUUGGUAUUGAUUUUGGUUCAGCAUUUAAUGCAGCAACAAUUCAUUUACCAGUUCCGGAAUUAAUUCCAAUUCGUUUAACACGUCAAUUGACUCAAUUAAUGUCACCAAUUGGCACAGCUGGUUUAUUUCGUGCGACAAUGAUUCAUACAAUGAAUGCAUUACGUGAAAAUUCUGAUAUAUUACUUAGUACAAUGGAUGUAUUUAUCAAAGAACCAUUAAUGGAAUGGAUGGAACAUGCAAUUAAAACAAGUAAACAAAUAACACAAAAUGAAACAAAUCUAAUUCGUUCAGAUGAUACUUAUGCAAAAGAUCGAAUAAAAAGUGCACGAUUAAAAUUAAAUGGAAUUAAUCCAGCAGUUAUAACAGCAUCGGAUUUAAAACUGAAUAAUUUUCUUCGUUCAUCUAAUUUGCAAAAAGCAUGUCGUCGUAUGGAAAAAAUUGUUUUUGGUGAUCAAACUGAUAGUAAACGAGCACAAACCUUCAUAAAAUAUGUAUCAGAUCAUUAUUACAAAUUGUCAGUCGAUGAACAAAUCGAUUGUAUUAUUGAUCAAGCAACGGAUGUUGACAUUCUUGGUCGAUCAUGGGCAGGUUUAGAAACAUUUAUGUAA